AUGACUGGACGCGGCAAGGGCGGCAAGGGCCUCGGCAAGGGCGGUGCCAAGCGCCACAGGAAGAUUUUGAAGGACAACAUCCAGGGUAUCACCAAGCCUGCCAUUCGCCGUCUCGCGCGUCGUGGCGGUGUGAAGCGUAUCUCUGCCAUGAUCUACGAAGAGACCCGUGGUGUGUUGAAGACAUUCCUCGAGGGCGUCAUCCGUGAUGCUGUCACAUACACAGAGCAUGCGAAGCGCAAGACCGUCACUUCGCUUGACGUUGUGUACGCCCUGAAGCGACAGGGCCGCACUCUGUACGGUUUUGGUGGUUAA